AUGAAGAGUAGCCUUGUGCAAAUUGCUCUAUAUGCUGGCCUCAGCUACAUCGCCAAUGAGACAAAGUGCCUAGCCAACCCUUCCAUUACCACUCUAGUCGACUUGGCUAACUGCUUCAACAAGUACACGGUCCAAAAGGACUAUUACAACAUGGCGACGUACUCAGCAGCACAGCCAAAUACUACACAGUUGAAUUCGUGGGGUAACUUGAUCACUUCGCUCUUAUACGUCGAUAACAACUGCACUUCUGUUGUCAUUCCGCCGAGCCUCGAGGAUAUCUACACCGUUUCAAGCUUUUAUUCGUAUUGCAUACUCUCUGAGAUACCUGUCAAUGAGAUGGGGUUCUAUAACAAGGGAUGGGGCCUAUUCGUCGUUCCUUCCUCGCGCACUGGCAUCAAGCGUAAUAUUCACCUCGCCAUGCCACAUCCCUUAUUUGACUUCAUAACCCCCGCUCAGGCCGUGUCAAUCUUCGAAAUGAUGGGUGCGAGGAGUUUAUUGAUUUCUGGCAGGCAUCGGAGAGCAUAUAAUUCGCCUACGGAUUGCCUCCCGUCGACAAAGUGGACUACGUACUAUAGAACUGAUCCCACUCAUGAUGUUAAUGAGCCUUUCAACGACGCAAACAGAGCCAUAUGGGCGUGGCAGAACGUCAAUGGUGGUUGCCCGACGAGUCGCUGCGCCUUCAUCCAGUUUCAUGGAAAGUCUCCCACUACUUGCCUCUAUGAUCAGAUAUUUCUAUCAAGCGGGCUGAGGAAUUCUACAUGGUAUACAGACGACGUCGACAGACCCAUCAAAAGAAUUCAAAGGGAGUUGAAAUCAGAGGAUUCAUUCCGCACCUGGAACAUCUCACUUCCUUCAGAUAGUUCUUGUGCUCUCACAGCGACGAACAAUGUUUUUGGGAGGCUGAUAAACGGGGUGGAUGAGUCGAAUGUUUGUAAUGAGGCUGCCACUGCAGAAGUUUCGACUGGUGCAUUUGUUCAUAUCGAACAAGCACAUGUGGCCGCUUUUCCGGAUGCAUAUGCUGGAUGGAAGCGUGUUCUGUUGGCUGCUUUCGAGCCAGCAUAA